UGAAGUUUCCAAAACAAUAACAACCUUUACCAGUCCAAAUUGCAGACACAGCAAACUCCAAAUUCACCUUAUCAAAAGUACGCUGAUUACAUAAGCCGUAAUUAACCGCACCGUCACAUCUCGUGAUAUCAAUCUUCACAGCAGAGUUGCACCUGCAGCUCCAGCUCAAAAUGUCACUCUCUAGCUAUGUAAACAAGAAAGUUCUAAUCUUAACUGCGGAUUCAAGAACACUGGUCGGUACGCUUUUGAGUUGUGAUCAACAGACUAAUUUGGUCCUAUCCCAGACUAUCGAGCGCAUAAUCCGACCUCCAGAAGAUAUCGAAGCUUCCAGUGAAGUCCCACACGGUCUCUAUCUAAUCCGUGGUGACAAUGUGGUUGUAGUUGGAUUGGUGGACGAGGAGCUGGAUGACAGCAUUAAUUGGGUGGAGGUUAGGGGAGCUGUCAUUGGAGGGACGAAACAUUCAUAAAUCAAUGUCCUUAAUCGAGCACUGCUCACUAUGGAUCAGUGUCUAGGGGCAUGGCAUUGGGUGGACGGAAUAGACGACUGCAAAUGAGGGAAAUCAAGGGGCCGAAGAAGGAAGGAGAAUGCGCGGGGAGAGAUACCAGAAUUUGGCAUUUACAAAAGUACGGACGAGCGUGAGUGCGUACUAGAUGGGUGGAAUGUUAUUAAUGUUGCAUUAUUUGGCGUUGAAUGGAGUGCCAUGAGAAAGGUCCUUUUUAUAUCCAUCCUUUUGAUAUUGUAUUGGCUAUGAAGAUGGCUCAAGCGAAUUCGAAUAUCAAGGGAGAUCUACCAAAAUUCGAGAUUAUAUAUAUCAUUGGAUCAGUGAGGUGUAACUAAAAAGCAUGUCAAGGCAUUUUUC